UUACAUUAAAGGUUAUGUUUAGCAUUUAAAAAAAUAGAUGUUAUUUCGGAGUCAAGUUGAAAAUGCACGCAAGGAUUUUUAUCGUAAUAUCGCACAAUGUGUAUUGAUAGCACAAAAAAAAAUCACUGUAGGUGUGAGAUUAAUAUAGAACUUUGGGGUCAUACAUUUUUAUUUGCGCAAUUUUAUUUUUGGUGGCGCCUUUCUAUUAUAGAUAUGAACAUGCUUGUAAAGACUACAAUUAUACAUAGGUACAAACUAAAUAAAUUACUGCCUGUAUUUAGAUUUUUGCCUCAUUAAAUUUUUACUUAAAUAAAAAGUAACAUCAAGAUGGUUUGGUCGGGAUGGUUAUACCGACUCAAAUGGAGAUAGGUGCAUGAUCUCUUAACCCACUAAGAAACUGGCCUCACUUAUGCCCGGUUUACACUUUGUUAAGUUAACACUGCAGGUGAUUAGUGCAGUGUUUAGUAAUCAAGGUGUGAACGGAAGCGUAAAGUGAUUAGUGUUAAGUGAUACGUGCGAUUAGUACUUAUUGAUUAGUGCGAGUGAAUAGAAUCAAGGUCUAUUUUUGUUGUUAAGUGACUACCCCCUCUCAACUAUUCUACUACACUCUCUCGCAAUUUGCCUGUACUAAUCAGUGUGUAAAUACGUGUGUGUUAAGUGCGCAGUGUCAAGUUCAAAGCGAAAAUGAAGUGGACGGAACAACAUACUUUAAAAUUCGUACAAGAAUACAUAAAGUUUGAAUGCCUAUACAAUGUAAAGUGCGCAGAAUUUAAAAACAAACAGUUGAGAGAUGCGGCCCUAUUGAAACUGAGUAAAGCGAUGGGAAAUCCCGACUUCGGUCCCAAAGAAGCGUACAACAAAAUACGAAGCUUGAAAUCGACCUUCUCCCAAGAGCACAAAAAAGUAAAAGAUUCUAUUAAAUCGGGUGCAGGGCUUGAUGAUAUAUAUGUGCCAAAUAUCAAAUGGUACAAAGUGAUGGAUGACGCCCUAAAGGCAGUAAAUGUUGGAGAAUGCAGAGAAACGUCGAGUAAUAUGAACCUGGAGUCUCAAAAUAAAAUCAAUGAAGAUAAUAUUGAGCCAAGAGGCACUGAAGGCGAGCAGGCUGUUGAAAAUAGUUCAAGAGUUGGAACCUCAAGCAAUGACUCGGGCCAGUCAUUCAAAGGGAAAAAUCCUCGGAAAAGGCCGAUGCUACGAGAAUAUGAUAACUUACUGACAAAGGCCCAAAAUGUAGCCAACAGUGUCAACAGCUCUGUUGUAUCAGAGAAUGAAUUCGACUUAUUUGGACGAAUGGUUGCAGUUCAAUUGAAAAAUUUACCAAUGGAGUCAGCAAUUGAAGCACAACAGUAUAUUCAAAAUUAUCUUUCUGGUUUGCGCUUGAAACAUAUCCGCCGUCAAUCUCAAAGAUCCAAUUUCAUUUACGAAAUGGUAGAAAAUAGAACACAACCAUUUAACCAUUAACCUUUAUAUAAUCUUUUAAGGCGUUGUAUACAGCAUCGCAGACUAUUGGUAUCAUUAAACUUAUUGCUGGUUUAGAUACUCCGAAUAAAUGUGACAAAGUACGCAGACUACAACCAGUAGUGGCAAGAAAAUACAACACUA